AUGGAAUUACAAAGAUUACCCAAACUGGAAAUUUUUUGGAAUGGCCUUGUCGGCAUUGGCAGCAUUGCAACCGUAUGCUAUCAGGUUUAUUCCGAUUCAAGAAAAUACUUUUCAAGGCUAGACUUUGACAAUUUCAUACCCGGCUGGAACAUUUUACCUUACCAAAAGGAUGUUUCAAAUUUUGAAUGGAAUUUUUGGUUUCGGUACUUCUGGAAAAUAUUACCUUGGUUCUUGCUGUACAGCUCACUGGGAUUGGUGUCGCAAUUGCUGAAGAUACGACGACGCAGAUGUUAUAUUAUGCUAACGGCAUUGUCUCUGUGUUGUUUGACAUAUUUGCUUGGUGUUAAAAUAAUAGCCUUUUACCUGUUACAUUGUUCAAUUGCAUUCGCAUCAUCUUGUACAGGAAAUAAGAUAGUAGUAUGGGGGACAACAUUAUCGCUUUUAUCAACGUUGAAUAUCGAAAUGUUUAAUGCAAAUUUCAUGCGACAUGUUUACAAUGCUUCUGAAGAUAGUGAGGGAAAGAAUUACUAUCUUUUCGUCUUCUGUCUAGCUUUAAUUAAUUUAAGAUACAUAAGUUUUUCUUUGGAAAGAUGCGACUCUCAAACGUCAAAAUCGGGUUUUAUAGACAUGAUAAUAUAUGUGUUUUACUUGCCACUCUUUUUUACUGGUCCUGUUCUGACUUACGAUUUAUUUCUAAAACAAAUUAUUCAAGAUCCACCACCUUGGACAUUUAUUAGAAUUAAACAGAGUCUAUUUAAUUUUGCACGUGUGCUGGUUUGGGUAGCAUUCAACGAAUUUAUCCUCCAUUUCCUGUAUUUUGGUGCCAUUCACCAACGUCUUGAUGUUCUUCAAGAAAUAUCUUUAUGGACACUAGUCGGCCUUGCCUACUGCGAGGGUCAAUUCUUUAUGAAUAAAUACCUUGUGAUAUAUGAAUUACCUGGUCAGCUGGCCAAAUUAGAAGGAAUUGAAGCACCACGAGGACCAAAGUGUAUAUCAUACAUUUACAGAUAUUCAGAUUUGUGGAAAACUUUUGAUAAAGGCUUUUAUAAUUUCUUAAAACGAUACGUAUACAUUCCUGUAGGUGGUUCCAGGAAUGGGUUAUUAAGACAGCUAUUUGGUUCCUUUAUAUGCUUUAUGUUUAUAUUUAUUUGGCACGGUGCUGAGUUUUAUCUCUUUAUGUGGUGUAUUUUAAAUUAUGUAGGCUGUACAGUUGAGUUUUUUGGAGAUUGGUUCGUGAACACAUCGUAUACUCAAAAAUACAUCAAUAAAAUCAGUGUAUAUAAUCGCAAUCGUUUAAAAGGAUUGUUAUCCGUACCCCUUUAUUUAGUUUCAUCAAUGGGAAUCUUUGUAUUUUUCAAUGGCAGUAGUGUUGGUAGAAUAUUUUUCUACCGGUUGCUUGUUAAUAUUACAUGGCCAUCGUUUAUGUUUUUUCUCUAUCUUUUAUAUUGUAAUAUACAAAAUGCCAUUCAAGUACAAUAUUUCAUGGUGCAACGAACAAAAUCCAAAUUCACUUAA